AUGAUGAUCUCAGGAAAAAAAUAUGAUGAUUUCUUUGAAUGGUGCAAAGCUAAUAAUUGUUUCAUCGAUGACAGAAUUUCAUUCAAGUUCACUGAUUCUGCAGGUAUAACCGCUUAUGCUAAUUCAUCAAUUCCUAUUCAACAAACACCAUUGAUAUCUGUGCCAACAAAUCUUUUAUUAACAUAUCAAAAUGCAACUGACUUUUUUAAUUGGUCAAUUGCAAAGGGAGGGAAUUUACCAACAAAUAAUCCAAAUGCUAUAACACAAUUGUAUCUAUCUCAUUUAAAAUUGAAUCCAGAAGCAAAAAAAUCUCAGUGGGAUAAAUACGUAGAAAUAUUAUCAUUGGAUUUAAAUCAACCGUAUUUUUGGACUGUAGAUCAAUUACAACAGUUGAAAGGGACAGAUCUUUAUAUCAAGAUUCAACAAGAUUUUGCUACAAUUAUUCAAGAAUACAUUGAAUUAUUACAAAUCUUAAAGGUAGAUAUACUUGACCAAGAAAAGUUACAAACUGCAACUAUUUCACAUUAUAUCAACUCUCACUUACCGACGCUAUUAGAUGGGAAAUUACCCUGGAAUCAUUUCGUUUCAUACCUUUGGAGUCAUUGUAUUUUCAAGUCAAGAGCAUUCCCUCAAUUAUUAUUGAAUAACGCUGGUAGUGACGUUGGCAAUAUAAAUUUAGCAUUUUUAUUCCCAAUUGUUGAUUUAUUAAACCAUAAGAAUGAUGUCGUAGUGAAAUGGGAGAGCUCAAACGAUAUCAAUAACAAAAAUGACAAUAAAGUACUUACUUUCAUUACGCAAGAAACAUUACAUGUCGGUGAUCAAAUUUUCAAUAAUUACGGUAAUAAGUCCAAUGAAGAAUUAUUAUUAGGAUAUGGAUUCAUUCAAGAAAACAAUAACAAUUAUGAUUAUUCUGAAUUAACUUUAAAACUAAACGAAGAGACUAUCAACGAAUCAUUGAAGUUUUGUGAUUUGCAAAAACAUGAUAAUAUAGUUAAACGAGAUUGUGUUUCCUUUGAAUUGAAUACAAAGGAACCAAUCCCUGAUAAUUUAUUGAAGUUUUUCGGAUUUUUAAGUAAAUUACAAACAGAACAAGUGCUCACAUUAAGAAGCAUAUUAGAUGGGUCAGAUGAGUUAUACUCCAUCUUAUUAUCCAAAUUAGAUUUCUUUAAAAAUCAUAAACUCCCAAGUUCAAAUUUGAAACCAUAUAGAUUGACUAAGCAAUAUUUUAAUUGCCAGAGGAAAAUAUUUCAAAACUCUAUAGACUAUCUGCUAAAGAUCCAAAAAUCCAUUUUAAAAGAGAAUAAUAAUAAUCUUACCUCGAAUCUAGUCUCGUUUAAGACGAUUUUGAAAAAUGAUGAAAUUUUCUUGAAUUCAUUAUUACAAUCAUUUGGUAUUACGAACUUUGAUGAUAUCAUACAGAAAGAUUUUUUAAAGCAGUCCUUAUUAUUAUGGAUAGUUAGAAUGUCUAAUAUUGAAUCAUACCCUUCGAAAGAACAAAAAAAACUAUCAUCAUGGGAUUGGUUAGAUAUUCAAGAAACAUUCCGAGAAGUAGCUAAUUCUAUUGUCAUAGAAAAAGAAGACGUUAUGGAAUUUAUUGAAUUUUAUACCAAUGCAUUUCCUAAGUUAAGUAAUGAAAUUCCUGAAGUUUAUGAUAAAGGUGAUUGGAAAAUAAAACAAUUUAUCAUUGCAGAUACAGUUAUGGACAUAUUAGUUUGGACUAGAAAAUUAACCAAUGAGCCAUUUUUCAUUAAGAAACAACAACCGUUAUAA